AUGGCACAAUCAACAUCUAACAAUCAAACAAGUAAAUGCAAGCGAUUGUAUUAUUUUCUCAUCAACAUCAAUCUUUUUGAUGAUGAAGAAACAUUAUCUCUUAUUGAUCAAUUAUUGGCAACAAAAUUUUUUAUAUGUUUAUUAACAAUAACUGUUAUUAUUGUCAUAGCUUUUACAAUUUUUAGUAUUCAAACAUAUACCGUAACUAUUCAAUCACCAAAUGAAAUCAUAUUUGAACAACUUUAUGCUCAAUAUUCAACAACUCUUUCAUGUCCUUGUAGAAAAAGUUCAAUUCGUCAUAAUAACUUUAUUUUAUUGAAUCCAUAUUAUCAUCCGAUAUGUACAAGUCAAUUUAUCAAUCAAACAUUUAUUUCAUCAUUAUCUGAUGAAAAAAUAAGUGAUUAUUAUCUGUUAGAUUAUCGUACUAUGAUAGCCUCUCAUUUUCAAGUAAUUGCACUACUUUGUCGAACAAUAAUUCAAAUAGUAACUAAUGCAAUAAAAGAAUUUGCUACUAGAUACUUAAUUACAACAAAUGUUUUACCAUAUAACAUUUUCAAUACUCAAGUCGUAGUACUUAUAAAACAAUUAAAACAAACAACAACUACUUAUAUAAGACAUAUAAAUGAUUUUCUUAGUUUAAAUAUAUUUCAUAAUGGAAUUUAUUCAGGAUUGCGAACAAAUUAUGCUAUGCGAAUUAUUCCUGGGACUACGACGGUUACAGUUCUCACAUUUAAAUACACAACUUUAAAUAAAACAUGUUCUUGUUCAAAAACUAAUACUUGUGUACAGCAAGCUGGUAUUUCGAAUCGAAGAGCACGUAUAGUUGAAUAUAAUUUGACUACAUCGGAAAAUUUAACUAUGAAUUCAAUAUUAUUGUUUACGAUACCUGGAAUUAUGGUUGGAUGUUUACCAUAUGAUUCAUUAUUGAAAUCAACAUUAGAAUGUUUCUAUAAUCAGUCAUGUAUUGAUGAAAUUCAAUUAUUCAUUAAUGGAUUAUCAUUAGUUAAAGCACUUUCAUCAUCUCAUUUCGAAAAGAAUGCAACAGUAAAUGAUUUAUUUAAUCAUUUAUUUAUUGAAUUUUGGAAUGAAAAAAUUAAUUUUAGUAAUUAUUUUCACAUUUGUUCUCCUCAUUCAUGCAGAUAUUUAUAUUCUCGACGAUUCAAUUUACUUUAUGUCAUUGUCACUAUUAUUAGUAUAUUUGGUGGUCUAAAAGCAAUUUAUUAUGUCUCUAUACCUUCAAUAAUCAUGAUCAUACGACGAUUAUCUAAGUUUAAAACUGUACACAAUAAAAAUAAUAAUAUACCAACGAUAAAUCAAAGUGUAAAAUAUCGUUUUAUUUCUUCUAUACGUGAAUUUUAUGAAAAAACACUUAAGUUAAAUAUAUUUCCAUCAUCAUCUGAAACAAUUGAUGGAAUUUAUUCAACACGUAUUUACAUUUUUUUAUUGGUCAAUGGAAUGUUGGUUUUAUUCUUUUAUUCAUCGAUUAUUAUUCGAAUUCACAAUAAUAGCGUUGAUCAACCAUCAUUAAAUGAAUAUAAACAAUUAUAUAAACAAUAUGCAUCAACACUUGUAUGUCCAUGUAGUCACUUUUCUGUUUAUUAUUCAUCAAUAAUGUAUAUAAAACCUUAUUAUCAUCAAGUAUGUUCAAGUGACAUUGUUCAAGAUGAUAGAUGGUUACUGUAUUUUAAUGGAUUUGAUAGUGGUUUAUAUGCUUUUGAUUUUCGUGUGCAAGGCCUUAAAAAAUUCAUUUUACUUCAAGUAUUAUGUAAGAUGUCAAAUGAAACGGUAACAAAUGAACUAGUUACUUUCAAUAAUUCAGAAUUUGCUACUGCUCAAGUUUUAGUUUCUUUUCGUGAAUUAUUUGAACUUGUACGAACUUCAAUUCAACUCAAUCAAUUUCUUGUACAUAGUAGUAAUAAUGUUGUACGAACUAGAACAUUGGUUAAUGGUAAUAAUUCAUAUCGUUUUGUAUUUCGUACUGAUUGGAGUGAUACAUGUUCUUGUGCUAUUAAUGCUUCGUGUACACGUUCUGAAGGAUUUUAUUGUAGUAUAUCAUCAUGUUUUUCAACUGGUUUUCGACCAAAUAAAACAAUACCAGGUUUGUUUCAAGGUUGUCUACCGAUUGAUUCUCUUCUUCUAUCUUCGCUUGAAUGCUUUUAUAAUAAAUCAUGUAUUGAUAUGCUUAUCCAAUGGUAUUCGUUUAAUUUAUCCAAUAUUACAAUAGAUUCUCGUAUUGCAAAUAUAACUCCACUCGAUCAAAUGAUUCCAAGUCGUUUUUCUCCUGAUACUAAAUUGAAUAAUAUUGUAUCACAAUUAUUUAUUGAAGAUUGGAUAAUUUCUACUAAUUUUAAUUUGUAUUAUAAUAAUUGUGCACCAAAUAAAUGUAGUUAUACGUAUGAAGAACGUUUUAAUAGAGGUUAUGUUAUUGCAACAAUACUUGGUAUAGUUGGUGGUCUUUCUACAGCACUUCGAAUAUUUAUUUUACCUAUUGUAAAAGUAAUUCGACGAGUGUACUAUUAUUGUUGUAAACGUACUAAACAUGCUACAAGGGAAUGUUUUGUUGAAACAGUUAUAAUAACGUUUACUGGAUUAAAUUCACAGAUACAUUCUAUAAAAAUAUCAUCUCCAACAGAAUUAAUAUUUGAAAAAUUAAAUAUUCAAUAUUUAUCAUCAUUAACAUGUCCAUGUUCACGAAUAUCAAUUCAAUAUUCAAAAUUUCUUUCUAUUCAACCAAAUACUUAUCAUCAAGUAUGUUCAAGUUAUUUUAUCUCAUCAGAAUUUAUUCAAUUACUUUGGGGUGAUGCAUC